UUAUAUCAUGCCGAAUAGAAGAGAGUUCCUUUUUGUAUGGCAUUUGGCAAAAGAGGGCGGCAAAGUAACUCAUUUGGUUGGCAAAUAUUGAAAAUGUUCUAUAAAGACUGAUUUGCAGAACUAAUUAGAUAAAAUGUUAUUUCCCGGAAGAAAUGCUAGGCCUUGACUUUGAAUUGACUUAAGCUGGCAGGCUUGAAACGUCCGUCCCACGAUAAGGAAAAUGCUUAUAAAGAAGCCACCCAUUCAGAGCCCUUGCAAAACCGAUUGGAUCACGAAGUCCUUGUUAGGGAAUGAAGAUCAGAUUCUUGGUUGAGUUUUCUCUGCUCUACCACUUGACAUGGUUUUUGUUCCUUCACCAUGUUAGAUCAGUUUCGCCACAGAGAUCCACCUAUAUAGUUCACAUGGACAAGUCUCUCAUGCCCAAAGUUUUUGCCACCCACCAUCACUGGUACUCCUCCACUGUUGAUUCCUCAAAGGCACCCAAUCCACCCACAGUGGGAAACUCUCAAUCUACACCCAGCCUGGUGUACACCUACGACAACGUAGUACAAGGUUUUUCUGCACGUUUAUCUUUAAAUGAGCUUGAAUCUAUCAAGAACUCACCAGGGUUUGUCUCAGCUUAUCCUGAUAGGGAAAUCAAACAUCGUACCACCCAUACUCCACAGUUUCUCUCCCUCAAUCCUUCAACAGGCAUAUGGCCUGCUUCUAAUUACGGUAAGGAUGUUAUCAUUGGCAUUGUUGACACUGGAGUGUGGCCGGAGAAUCUUAGCUUCAAAGAUGACGGUAUGGGCCCCAUUCCGACUACAUGGAAGGGAAUAUGUGAAGUAGGGCAAGAGUUCAAUACCUCCGUGUGUAACUCAAAACUCAUAGGGGCUCGAUAUUUCAACAAAGGACUCCUUGCUGCAAACCCAAAUUUGACGAUAAGUAUGAACUCGGCCCGGGACACUUCAGGCCAUGGUACUCAUACUGCGUCCACAGCUGCUGGGAAUUAUGUUGAGGGCGCAUCGUUCUUUGGAUAUGCUGCAGGAACGGCUGUAGGGAUUGCACCACGAGCUAGAUUGGCUAUAUAUAAGGUCAUUUGGGACGAAGGAGCCCAAGCCUCCGAUUUCCUUGCCGGUAUAGACCAGGCUGUCGCUGAUGGUGUGCAUGUAGUGUCACUCUCUCUGGGAUUUGACUAUGACCUUCCUUUCUAUGAAAAUACAAUUGCCAUAUCUUCUUUUGGAGCCAUGGAACAAGGCGUGCUUGUUUCUCAUGCCGGAGGAAACACUGGCCCAGGUUUUGCAUCCUUAUUUGAUUCAAUCCCAUGGACCUUGACAGUUGCAGCUGGAAACAUCGAUCGUUCAUUUGCUGGAACAUUAACUUUAGGGAAUGGAUUGUCAAUCAUUGGAUGGACCAUAUUCCCAGCAAAUGCGUUCGUAGAAAAGGCACCGCUGAUAUACAACAAGACCCUAGCAUCGUGCAACUCAACUGAGUUGUUAGCUCAAGCCCCUUACGGCAUCAUAAUAUGCGAAGACAUCAAUAGUAGUGACUUGCAAUUAGAUGUCAUUUCUGCCUCCAAUGUUGCAGCUGCUAUAUUCAUUUCUGAUAGUCCAGUAUGGUUUGAGAUAAACAGUUUCCCUUGGCCUGGUGUGAUGAUAAGCCCAAACGACGGAGUUUCUGUGAUCAAAUAUGCAAAAACUAGUAAGAAUCCAUUGGCUAACAUAAGGUUCAAAGAGACCAUACUAGGAGGAAAGCCUGCGCCAACUGUGGCUUCCUAUUCCUCAAGAGGUCCCCCUAGAAGCUAUCCUGGAAUCUUGAAGCCAGAUUUAAUGGCACCCGGUUCACUAGUACUGGCCUCUUGGAUACCGAUGAGAUAUGCAGCCAGGAUUGGGCUCAAUAUAAAAUUGGCCAAUGACUACAAUCUACUCACUGGCACCUCCAUGGCUUGUCCUCAUGCUUCUGGCGUGGCUGCACUCUUGAAAGGCUCUCAUCCUCAAUGGAGCGCAUCAGCAAUUCGGUCCGCCAUGAUGACCACAGCAAGCCCACUUGAUAACACUAACAAUCCCAUUCGAGUCGGCAUCCGAAACCAUUCAUUUGCUUCACCCCUAGACGUUGGUUCUGGCCAUAUUGAUCCCAAUCGUGCUCUUGAUCCAGGUCUGAUAUAUGAUAUUACUCCAAAAGAGUACGUCAAUCUAUUAUGCUACAUGAACUACACGGAGAAGCAAAUCAUGACCAUGACUAGGUCAAAUCUUUACAAUUGCUCACAACCAUCUGCUGACCUAAACUACCCCUCAUUUAUUGCACUUUACCCUAACAAAACAGCAACAACAACACUGGUUCAGACAUUUCGGAGAACGGUUACCAAUGUUGGAGAUGGUGUAACAACUUACAGUGUUGAGGUGAUAGCACCCGCGGGCUCUAGAGUUACAAUAUCGCCGACGAAGCUGGUUUUCAGAAACGAGUAUGAAACAAAGAGCUAUAAUUUGACAAUAAAGUAUGAGAGUGACAAUAAUGCUAAGGUGACACACGGUUCAAUUGUUUGGGUUGAAGAUAACGGAAAACACACUGUAAGGAGUCCAAUUGUUGUGUCCCCACAAAUUACUCUUUGAGCUUCUAUGAGCCAAGAGGUCUCCCAGAUUUCCUUGAUUUUAAUAUUUCUUUAGAAUUUAUAAAGUUAUUAUGUCCCUCUCUCUCUCGUCGUGUCCCAACAAAUUACUCUUUGAGCUUAUGUGAGCCAAGAGGUCGCCCAAAUUUCUUGAAUUUUAAAAUUGUUGUUUUGUCUUGAUGAUGUUUUGAUGAUAAAUUAAUUUUGAUAUAUUUGAUAUUUAAAAAUUAAUUAUAUUUUAUCUUUAAAAAUGAAAAAAGAACAAUUCAUCAAUACCAGAGGAUAUUAAUAAGA